AGAUUUGUUCUGCGGAUGACAUGAGCAGUGGGAAAACGCAAGCACCACUUGCUGAAAAACGAACAAAUUGUUUUGGGUUUUGACAAUGCCCACAACAAAGCAAAGGACAAUCCCAUUUUUUUCUUUUUAACCAAACAAGUUCAUCCUUCUCAGUUCUCUCCUCGCCCUCUCCAUUUCUUCAUUUGUUAAAGCUCGAAUCUUGAACCGUAUGAAUGAGCAAACUUUUCAUCCAUCCAUCGCUGUGGGUUUUCUCUGCAAGUGGAAGUAGGUGAGUUGACUUGGCUGCGGGAAUCCCUAGGGCUUUCUGGUGGGGCCCUUCUAUGCGAGGAGAAUCUUCUUCUCUUAGGAGGAGAGAAUCACAAGAGCAAAGCAGGGCCAGAUAAUAACCAAGAGAAAGAGGCUGUCUUCUUUUGUUUUGGUGAGGAUUUCACGAGGGAAGGGACCAGCUCCUUGACAAUUAGACAGCUUCUCAGAAUCAUGUGUUGCUCAUCUUCCUCCAUCUCAGACAGCCACAAUACCUUUUGUGUAUUUCAGAAAUAUCCAGGAAUCCAAGAAUCUUUGCAUAAUCUGCAAACUUGACUGAAAUCAGAUAUAUACCUUACUCGGAAAAAGGAGAGAAGAAAUCCCCAACAUUGCAUAUCAAUUCUUCUUUGUGUAGCUGUCACAAGUGGAUAAUCAGCAGAGCUUUGUUUCCUUUUCAGAUAUCUUUGAAGUCGUUAUAUGGGUUCAAAUUGGUCCUUUCAUCUCAUCUCCUAUAAAUUCUUGAUUGAGAGUGCUUUGGUUAUAUGGGCAGAUGGGGUCUCAGAGGCUAAAAGAUUAGAUUGACCAGUGGUUUCUUGAAAGUUAAAAAAGAACUUUUGGAGAAGUACUUUGAUGGACGACACCUUUUUCCCAUCCAAUAGCAGCUUAGCAGCUCCACCUGAUUUAGCCAUGGAUUUUGGUUACAUGGAUGAACUCUUGUUGCAAGGAGGGUAUUGGUUGGAGACGACUGGUGGAUCUGAAUUCUUGCAUAAUAGCCCUUCUACUUCUAAUGCGGUGUUUGAUCCAACCUUCACAUGGCCUCCUUUUCAAGCAAACAACGGAGAAUCAAACGUAUGCGCAAGCCCAUUUCAAAAGGACAGUCAAGAAGAAAGGCAAAGGUCAUCUUUUCCCGAGAAUCUGUCUACUAGUGAACCCCAAGGGCAAAAUCCUACUAAAAGUCUUGCUCCUAGCCAAAACAUGGUUGAUCUUGCUGGGUGUUCUGAUCUUAGUAAAAGGUGGUGGAUUGGACCCAAAGCAAAUCCCGGUCCUGGAUCUUCUGUGAUGGAUAGAUUAAUUUGGGCGCUUGAGCACAUAAAAGAUUCCACGAGAAACAAAGAUGCCCUUAUUCAAAUAUGGGUUCCUGUAAGUAGUGGGGGCAGACAUAUUCUGACCACUAGUGAUCAACCCUUCUCUCUUGAUCUUAAUAGUCCUAGUCUUGCCAGUUACCGGAAAAUCUCCGUGACCUAUCAAUUCCCUACUGAGGAGAACUCCAACGGGAUUGUGGGAUUGCCUGGGCGGGUUUUCAGGGGUAAGGUUCCUGAGUGGACACCUGAUGUUCGGUUCUUUAGAAAUGAUGAAUUUGCACGAGUUGGCCACGCAAAACAAUAUGGUGUCCGUGGAACCCUUGCCCUACCAGUUUUUGAACAAGGUAGUAAGAAUUGCUUGGGUGUGAUUGAGGUUGCUAUGACUGAUCAAAAGGUCAAUUAUGGUCCUGAGAUUGAAAGUGUUUGUAAAGCACUUGAGGCUGUUGAUCUAAGGAGCUCUGCCUCUGAAGUAUCAAGCACUCAGAACAUCAAGGUAUGCAAUGGAUCCUAUCAAGCUGCAUUACCAGAGAUUCUGGAAGUCUUGCGAUCUGCAUGUGAAACACAUAACUUACCCUUGGCUCAAACGUGGGUACCGUGUAUCCAACAAGGUAAACGGGGAAGCAGGCACUCUGAUGAGAACUACGUUCAUUGUGCUUCAACAGUGGAUUCAGCUUGCUACCUUUCUGAUUCCCGUAUGCAAGAUUUUCUCAAAGCUUGCUCUGAGCACCACUUGCUGAGAGGUCAGGGCGUUGUUGGGCGGGCAUUUAUGACCAACCAACCAUGCUUCUCAUCAGAUAUUACUUCUUUCACCAAGACAGAAUAUCCCCUUUCUCACCAUGCAAGGAUGUUUGGAUUGCACGCUGCUGUGGCCAUACGCCUGAGAAGCCUCCACACUGGUACAGCUGACUUUGUUUUAGAGUUCUUCUUACCUGUUGAUUGCCUCGAUUUUGAAGAACAGAAGAAGAUGCUCAGUUCCUUGUCAAUUAUUAUACAAAAAGUUUGCCGGAGCUUAAGGAUCAUCACUGACAAGGAAUUGCAAGACGAGACUCUUUUGCCAGUUGAUGAAGUGAUAGCCCCUUCAGUGGAACGUACUCAUUCCGAACAGUAUUCUCAAGAAGGGUCAACAUGGACGGCAAGCCGUUUAAUCUGGGAGAAUGGUAAUGAUCAACUAUUCCAGAAAGAGAAACCAAAUGAAGUAUCGAUUGACAGAUCCUCAGACUUUAAACAAACCCAAAGCAAUACUAGUUUAGGAGCAAGAGCAAGUGUUGCCUGUACUGGAGAUCAUUCUAGUUUUGGUGAAGUUAGCUUCUUAAAUGAGGGUAGAACAGGAGAGAGACGACGUACCAAGACAGAGAAAACUAUCACCCUGGAAAUUCUUCGGCAAUAUUUUGCUGGCAGCCUAAAAGAUGCAGCCAAAAGUAUCGGUGUUUGCCCGACCACUUUGAAAAGGAUAUGUAGGCAGCAUGGAAUUCAACGGUGGCCUUCUCGGAAGAUCAAGAAGGUUGGGCACUCGUUACAGAAACUCCAACGAGUGAUUGACUCAGUCCAAGGUGCCUCCGGUUCUCUUCAAAUUGAGUCCUUCUAUUCAAACUUCCCAGAGCUAGCGUCUCCAAAAUUUUCAAAAACCAAACCGUUUUCAACCUGGAAGCUAAGUGAUCAAUCAAAUCUCUUGAACAUGCAGCACCCUGAGGUCGUCAGUUUUUUGGCCCCAGCUGCCGGUUCCAUAUCACCUUCUUCUUCUUGCAGCCACAGUUCAAAUUCAAGCCAAUGUUGUUCUAGUGGGACACAGCCACAUCCUCACACAGUGAAUCUUUCAGGUAGUGAAGAUCCAAUGGCCAAAGAGAACUCUGGUAAUGGUGCUUUAGAGAGGGUAAGAAGUGAAGCAGAACUGUGUCCCUCCAGUGAUGAAGUGCCAAAACUCAUCCCCAGAUCCCACAGCCACAAGUCUCUCACCGAGCACCCUGAAUCUGUAACUUUUCCCCCAGUAUCAAGAAAUGUCGGUUGCAAAUCUCAAGAAGGGGAUGCUCUCCGAGUAAAAGUCACAUAUGGGGAAGAGAAAAUCCGGUUUCGCAUGCAAAGUAACUGCUACUGGGGAUACAAGGAUUUACUGCAAGAAAUCGCUAUGAGAUUUAGAAUAGACGACAUAAAGGGAUUUCAGCUGAAGUACUUGGAUGAUGACUCUGAAUGGGUUUUGUUAACAUGUGAUGCCGAUUUGGAGGAGUGUGUUGAUGUGUGCGGGCCAUCUCAGAACCACACGAUUAGGCUUUUACUCUAUCGGAUUCCUCACCAACGUCCCGGAAGUUCUUUUGGUAGCAGCAGCGCGAUAUGAAAAUCUACGAGUUGAUACCCCGGGGAGAUUGAUGAUUUUGCUGCAGUUUGAAUACUGAGUCGUCGUCCAUCCAUGGGUUUCAGCUCUCAGCAUUCAGGGCUCAAAAAGGGGCGAUCCUAGUGCCUGGCUUUGGCCAUGUUGCAGAAUAUUGAGGACAAUAUUGUUAUCCAAGGAAAAGCUCCAGUUUUCGUGCUAACAAAUGGAUGGCUGUUAGCUGAUUAUUCGUUACAUUAUGAGUAAUGCUUCUGGUUGUUUGAAUCCGCUGAAAGAAGUUUAUAAUUAUUGGGAAAUAGGAGCUAGUAGUUAAUGGAAAGUAUCAAAAGUGAUUUUUGGAGCACAACAACUCCAGAAAUCAUAAUUUAUUGUACUGUUUAGGAAGUUUAGCCUGAAUAAGAAGAGUAAGUGAUGCAUCUCCAUUGGUUUUCAUCCAAUUAUUGUAUUCAGGGAUGUGACUAUGUAUGCAUGUCAACUCCCAAGCCCACAAAGUGGGCAGAAGUUGAAUUGAAUUUGGAGAGGGUGUGGUGGUGCAACUGUAAAGCCCAUUUGGAGAUAGAAUCUAGAAUGAUGCAAUCUGAAGUGGGCAUCUCUGUAGGAGAUCUAUUAUGGGGGACACCAUUCCUUUGGGUAGGGGUGAGCAGAAAUUUGGGUAAAUUGAACCGACAAGUUUGGUCGGUUUGAUUUGAUUUGAUUUUUCAUAAAAAAAAUAGUUCGGUUCGAUUAUAUUUUUUUUCUAAAUAUUAGUUAUUCAGUUUGGCUUGAUUAUUUAUACCAAAAUAAACAAAUAAUCAAAAGUUACUCGUGACCCUUCUGACGCCCGAACUGAAAGUUAUUACCCGUGAGUCCGUGACCCAACACCUUUUCGCCUCAAGGCAGCCACUCACCUGGAGUCUGGAGACCAAGACCGAUAAAGAGAGAGAGACCUUCCAGUAAACCAGCACAAAUCGAUCGAUUUUGUGUAUGUCGGCACAUCGCCAUCAGUAAAUUGGUGAUGGUCACCUCUGUCUUUGUCAUUGGUAGUCAUCAGCCGCCACCUUUCCCUUCGUCGUCUGACCGUCCCUUUUGUCUCCUUCAUCAGACCCACAUCGACAAUUGCCCCGACCAUUCCAUCACUUGUUUCUUCCUUUCCUUCCCUAUGCUUAGACGAUCAACUCACACCAACGAUGACCGACCGUCGACAGAGGUUACUCAGGUUAGUAUUGAUAGUUAGGUUAGGGUUUUGUAAGAUUUUUCAAUUUUUUUGACUUUCAGUUGGGUUAGUUUCUUGAUGUAUUUCUUCGUUUGCAUUACAGGUUGUUUGUUUGUAUUUCUUUCGUUUACACAAACAGAUUUGUAUUCUCUUGUGUAUUUCUUCAAUUCUUCUACAUUGUAAAUGUGUUUGCAUUUUUCUAUUCUUCUUCAUUGUAAAUAGAUUUAUAUUCUUUAUUGUGUGUAUUCAUUCGUUUGUACAAA